AUGAAUUCAAGACAACAAUUAAUUUCACAAUCUACUAAAAUCUUAAAUUCAAAAUUAUUGCCACCAUUAACAUUAUAUCGUCAAAUUCUAAGGAUCCAUCAACAAUUACCAACACCUUUACGUCUAGUAGGAGAUGAUUAUGUUAAAUCAGAAUUUAGACAACAUAAAGAUAUAACAAAUCCAAUUCACAUUGUUGGAUUUUUAACUCAAUGGCAAAAUUAUUUAAAGGUACUUGAAUCACAAAUAUCCAACAAGAAACAUGACCAAGAAGAUUCUAACACUAAUGAUAUUAAUAUUAGUAGUGGCAGUAAGAGCAGUAAAAGUGACAGUGAUGGUGAUGAUAAUGUGAAUAAUAUUAAAUAUGGAAAAAAUUUUGAUGAUUUAGAGAAAUUUAAUGAUCAACAGAUUGGACAAUUGUAUGAAUUAAUGAAAGAAACAAAAGGUGCUUUAUUUAAAGAAUUAGAGAAGAAGAAAAG